AUGUCGGCCAUCUACAAUCUCGAGCCACAACCGACGGCGUCGGCCAUCAUCCACACGACUCUCGGCGAAAUCUCAAUCGAACUGUUUGCGAAACAAACACCAUUAACAUGCCGAAACUUCCUUCAGCUAGCACUCGACGGCUACUACGAUAACACCAUAUUCCAUCGUCUCAUUCCCGGCUUCAUUCUCCAAGGUGGUGAUCCGACUGGGACAGGACAUGGAGGAGAAUCCAUCUACGAUGGCGGCGCAUACAGCGGUGAUCUGGAUCCAUGGCCAAUGGACCAGCGAAGAGGACAGAACGCCGGCCCCGACGGCAUCAACUUCAAGGAUGAGUUCCAUUCGCGUCUCAAGUUCAACAGGCGAGGAUUGCUAGGCAUGGCGAACGAAGGAAAACCGGACACCAAUGGCAGCCAGUUCUUUUUCACUCUCGGCAAGGCUGAAGAGUUGAAUGGGAAGAAUACCGUGUUUGGGCGCGUGGCGGGCGAUACCAUCUACAAUUUGGCCAAGAUUGGCGAGUCGGAGGUCAAUGACGAGCGGCCACUAUAUCCGAUCAAAAUCACCCAUAUCGAGAUCCUCAUCAACCCUUUCGAUGAUUUGAAGAAGAGGGAGAAGAAGCUACGCCAGCAAGUAGCAAAACCAGCUCCCGUGGAGAAGAAGCAGAAAAAGAGAAAACCAGCCAAGCAGUUGUUGAGCUUUGGAGACGAAGAGGGUGAGGGCGAUGACCUGCCAGUUCUCAAGAAGCCAAAGUUCGACACAAGAAUUGUCAUGGAUGUAGACGAGGAACCGGCGCCAAAGACGAUGCCGGUCAGAUCUUCAAAGAAGGACUCAAAGCCGACGCACAAGGAUGAUGUGAAAGUCCGUGUGACAGAAGAGCCACCAAAGAACAGAGCGAGGAGUCCAGAUCGUCCGGAGCCUGUUCCGUCAAAGAAACAACGGCCAAAGGUUGAGGAAAGUGACAGGUCAAGUCCCGAACCGGAAGAUGGCAAAAAGAAAACCUUGCUGGAAAGGACUAACGAGGAGAUUGCUGCCGUCAAGGCUUCGAUGAAACGAACAAUUUACACCGAACCGGUGCAGGAGAAGAAGAAGUCGGCCUUGGAGGAAAUGAUACCGGAGACUGCAGUGCGUGGGAGGAAACGGAGACCGGGCACGCAGUCUGCAAAGGAGGAAGAGGAGGCUUUGGCGCUUUUGCGGUCGUUCAAGUCAAAGCUGGAGCAAGCACCAGUUGAGAAGUCGACAGCCCAGCCAGCUAUCAAUUAUGAUGGUGAUGAUGAGGAGGGAGAAGGAGAGGUUUGUGAUCUUCACUUCAUUGCCCAUUGCCAGAGCUGCGAAGCCUGGGAUAAGGAAGAAAAGGAAGAGAGCGAUGACGAAGGGUGGAUGUCUCAUCAGCUCAGCUUUACUGCAGAUAAGCUUGGAAAGGAUCUGAGCUAUCGCAAAAAGGCGGAAGAGGAGCUGGUUGUUAUUGACCCCCUGGCAAAGGCGCAGGCUCUUAAGGAGGGCAAGAAGUCUUCUCGGGAUUCGCGGUCUGGGGGCUCAUCUUCAAGGGCCUGGAACCGGGACCGGGAGCGUGACCGGGCAAGAAGAUAG